AUGGCACCGAAGAGGUACGUGGUCCCCCGCGCCGCGGCAACCGCGACCGCCUCCGUCGCCCAGCCGAAGCAGAGGAAGCCGAGGGCGCCGCCGUCCAAGCCGCCGGGCAUGACAAACGCCGAUUGGAGGGUAGAAGUACAGCGACGGGAGGCCAUCACCACCGACCGGCGGAACAGGGCCCUCGCCAAGAAGGCCCGUGACAACGCGGCACACGCGGCUGCGGGUGCCGCUGCCACUGCCGCUUCUGCGGACCAGGCCGAGGCCGAGGCGACACGCGCUGGGAUGAUGAAUCCCCCCGGCAACCACGCGCCGUACGCGCCCUGGGGCCAGCAAGGUGUCGGGUCUCCGACGCUGCAGCCAUGGAGAUCGCCGGGCUACGCCGACGGGGACGUGCACGGUGGGUUCAACCCAAAUGUCACGUUCCCCCAUGGUCACCCGGCCCAGCGCACGCCCUCGCCCGCCUUCACCGGCGUGCAGUACCCUCCAUACAACUACUCGCCGCCCGCCGCCGUCAAGCUCGACCUACUCCGGACCAACGUCGCCGCGAAGAAGAGGAACACCGACCUGGCUUUCCUGCUGGGCGGGGCGGACAUGCUCCAGAGCACCAACGAGGCGGUCAAGGCGUGGUACAGGGCGCAUGUCGGCCUCAUCCUGGACCAGCUUCCCUCGACGACGCCACCCACGCCCAUGCCCACGACGACGCCGCCCACGCCCACGCGCACGCCGACGCCGCCAACAAGCCCGACCGAUGAUGCCGCCGAGACUGCCCGCAGCGCAGAAGCCACGCCGCCAAGCACAGAGACCCCGUCAAGCCCGCGCACGCCGACUCCGCCGACGCCGGAGGCCCGACCCUCGCCAGGACGCCUAAACACCACCGAAGUCCCUCUGCUUCUUGAGGCGCACGACACUGGGGAUGCAGGGUGCAACCACCCGCAGAGCCCGCUCCCGGUCGACGGGAGCCAGCUCAUCAAAGAUGGCGUCCAAUGGCACGAAUGGAUUCUGGUGACGGAGACCUGA